CUUCGCCCCUCUCCCUCAGAGAAGCCGCAGCAGCAGAUGUAGCAGCAGCAGCCUGUCUCCUCAGCGAGGAUUCUCCCUCCAGAAGCCGGUCUUGGGCCAAGCAAGGCAGGCAGGCAGGAUGGCGGAGAGCGAGUGCGAGACGCCCAGCACCCCGGGCGAGUUCGAGAGCAAGUACUUCGAGUACCACGGGGUGCGCCUGCCCCCCUUCUGCCGGGGGAAGAUGGAGGAGAUCACCAACUUCCCCGUCCGAGACAGCGACGUCUGGAUCGUCACCUACCCCAAGUCAGGCACCAGCUUAUUGCAGGAAGUAGUAUAUUUGGUUAGCCAAGGAGCUGAUCCUGAUGAAAUUGGUCUAAUCAAUGCCUCUAGUCAAACGCCUGGACUGACUUUUCCUUCAUUCAUUUUGUAGGAGCUGACCUCUCCUCGCCUCAUCAAAAGCCAUCUUCCAUAUCGUUUUUUGCCUUCAGACCUACACAGUGGAGAUUCAAAGGUAAUAUACAUGGCUCGCAAUCCUAAGGACCUGGUAGUGUCUUAUUACCAGUUUCAUCGCUCUCUACGCACUAUGAGCUACAGAGGAACGUUCCAAGAGUUUUGCCGGAGAUUUAUGAAUGAUAAGUUAGGAUAUGGUUCGUGGUUUGAGCAUGUGCAAGAAUUUUGGCAACAUCACAUGGACUCGAAUGUACUCUUUCUCAAAUAUGAAGAUAUGCACAAGGACCUAGCAACUAUGGUUGAACAGUUGGCAAGGUUCUUGGGCAUCUCUUGUGACAAAGCACAACUGGAAGCCAUGGUGGAACAUUGCCACCAGCUCAUUGACCAAUGCUGCAAUGCAGAAGCUCUUCCUGUUGGCAGGGGAAGAGUCGGACUAUGGAAAGAUAUCUUCACCGUUUCCAUGAACGAGAAAUUUGACUUAGUUUACAAACAGAAAAUGGGAAAGUGUGACCUCACAUUUGACUUUUAUUUAUAGAAACUAAGAUGCAUGCCUAUGAAAAACAAAAACGCUAGCUAUAUUGUAGCUAGAAGUGCUUUUUGCAUUCAUUUAUUACUUGCUGGACACAAAGUUGUACAUGUUCUGUGUAUCAAUAUUUUAAAAGAAAACAAGGGCACAAUGCACUAGGAAGUUAAGGUAAGAAGAUCCCUGUAGGAUUGAUGAAAGCUCCACAGAGUUGGGCACUCAUCUGUUGGCCAGAUGCCUAUGGACAACUCACAAGUAAAAUAGAAGGCAAAGGAGCGUAAUUAUUGCCCUCCAGAUGUUAGACCAAAAUUCCUAUCAGUCAUUGCCAGUUCAUCAAGUGAUAUGGGAGCUGCAAUGCCAAAACCAGGUGGGGUGACAUCUUUUAUAUUAUUUACAGCUUUUAUAUUCCGCCCUUCUCACCCCGCAGGGGACUCAGGGCGGAUUACAGUGUACACAUAUAUGGCAAACAUUCAAUGCCAGUUUUUGACAUACAAACAUAUACAGACAUACACAGAGGCUAUUUAACUUUUUCUGGCCGCCAGGGGAGCUGUCGCUUUCAUUGUCCAUCUGCGACGCUGAUGAAGCACUUCCACAUUCCCCGCAUGCUUCCCCACUGGAAUGCUUUGCUGGAGUCUUCUUUAUGGCCUCAUAAAUCAGUUAAUUUAGCCUCCCCACACUUUAAGGUGGUACCUAAUUUUCCUACUUGACCGAUGCAACUGUCUUUCGGGUUGCAAAGGUCGACAACAGGCUACACACAAUUGGUUGGAAACCCACUCCAACCCGGGCUGGCUUCGAACUCAUGACCUUUUUGGUCAGAGUGAUCUUAAUGCAGCUGACACUCAGCCAGCUGCGCCACAAUCCCGGUGCACAGCUGGCAUGGAGGCAUCUACCUCAGUAGGGUACACUGGCACAGUUACCAUCCAUUUCAAUAUAGAUUGUGCAGAAAGUCUUCCCAGUGCAUUAUGCCCAAACAGAAAUUAAGCAAACAAUGUAUGAUACAGCUCUUCCUGAAUCUUUCCUUCCUCGGCAAACAUGAAUAUAUCUUAUCUCCAGAA